AUGAAGCAAUAAUUAAUGAAGAAUUAUUACCUCUGAUUAUUGAUUUUUCUAAUGCUAAUCUUUUAUCUAAAAAUACUAGAACAGCAUGUGCAGUCCGAUUAGCUACAUUGGAUACUAGAAAUAAUGAAUUACAAUUACAAGAUAAU